AUGUCACAAGCGUCAUCAUCACUGAUGAUGUUUGCCGAGCUGGCAGCUGAGCGUCUUCGGCAAGAGACGGAGCUUCAUCAGCGGCCAGUGUCGGGUCCAGGAGCGAAGACGAUGACCGCUACCUCGACAAAGCCUUCUGCCGUCCCUUUGACCAGGACGAGUAGCGGACAUGUUCUGCCGAAACCACAGGCACAGCGUUCGUUUGGGAACUUCUCCAUGUCACCAUUGAGCUCACCGUUGACUGGUGCCAAGCGAUACACCGUCAAGAUUGGCAACAACUAUCAAAUGUCUACGGUACCGAUCGCCGGGCUUCAGCCAAUUGUUCUACCAACAACGCCUGUCUGGACGACCGCACGCUUUGCCGAUUUCAUGCAAUCGCCGAUGACCCUGCCUCGAAGCGGUCCGCUCAUUCCUCAGCCGGUGGUCAAGCCUCAAAAUGUGCCCAUAUCAAAACCUCAAAUAAAACACACCGUCACUAACAUCCUUGGCACGUCGAACAAGAUGAACGUCGAUCCACUGAAUCAUCGAAAUUCAUCUCCAUUCCAAGUUGUCAAGAAAGAAAACACUUUGCCGUGA